GCUCGCGUUGUUCUUGGCUGGUCGUCCGCGUUCUUUUUUCAAUUUGCGUCCUCCUACCUGCCUGCUGCCGUGUGCACCAUCGUCGUGGUGAUCAGCAAAAGCCUCGUGGUGCAAGGUGUCGUGCGUUCCGCAAUAACCAUCGUCGUCAUCGAGCAUUGUGCUACUUCAUCAGCUGAGCCCUUCGCGUGUUGACCAACUCCGGAUGCAGUUGUAGUGUGUGAAAUCUCGUUUGUCCUCGCGUGCUCUCCGUCCUCAGAAUCGCUGUUCAAUCAUCCAGAGGCAAGUCUGCUGUAGUGUUCUCGUCCGUUUACUUCGUUGAUCCCGAUGCAGUUGCCCACCUCGUAGCACACGCAACCACGCCCGGUUCCUUCGCACGCUAGGACACCGGAUGCAGAUAAGACCGAGAUCGAGACGAUCUUCUUUGAAGAGACAACAGUGACCACGGGGAGUUUUAACAUAGGACGACUGCAAGAGUAACACUUCGGUAGAAAGAUGGCGAAGUUCGACGGGAAAAAGUGCCGUCUGCUGACAGUGAUGUCGCUGACGGUGUUUUUCUUCUUCGUCGAAAUCAUUGUUGGCUACUUCACCAACUCGAUGGCCCUCGUGGCGGAUAGCUUUCAUAUGCUAGGCGAUGUAGCCGCGCUAGUGAUUUCAUUCCUAUCUAUUAAGAUGUCGCCAAAGAAAUGGUCCAAAAAUACGUUCGGUUGGGCACGGGCAGAGGUGCUCGGUGCGCUGGUGAAUGCAGUAUUCCUGGUGGCCCUCUGCUUCAGUAUUACGGUGGAGGCGUGCAAGCGAUUUAUCGAAGUGGAACAUAUUCACGAGCCCGAACUGCUGAUUAUCGUCGGUGUGAUCGGUCUGCUGGUGAACUUGCUUGGCCUUUGCUUAUUGCACAAGCACGGUGGAGGACACAUUGGUCACUCGCACGGUGGUGGACUUUCGCAAGCGAAGCAAAUCGGCGACUCCGCGGAUGACAAUGAGAACAAAUCGUUCAUGUACCAGCAGAAUGGAGCAACUGCGAAAAAGCCUGCCCACCAUGGCCAUUCACAUGAUUCUACACAGAUGAACAUGCGCGGCGCGUUCCUGCACGUACUCAGUGAUGCAUUGGGCAGCGUUGUCGUGAUAAUCAGUGCAGUGAUUGUCAAGUACACCGAUUGGGAGUAUAAGCUAUACAUGGAUCCCGCCCUGUCCAUCUUGCUGGUGAUACUGAUCCUGAAAUCUGUUUGGCCGCUGCUACGCGAAUCGGCCCUUAUUCUGCUGCAAACCGUCCCGACGCACAUACAGGUCGACGCCAUCCAGCGUCGGUUGCUGGAGAAAGUCGACGGUGUGCUGGCAGUGCACGAGUUUCACGUUUGGCAGCUGGCCGGCGAUCGUAUCAUUGCGUCGGCACACAUACGCUGCCGCAAUCUGUCCGAGUACAUGAAGAUCGCUGAACGUGUGAAGGAGUUUUUCCACAAUGAAGGCAUCCAUUCAACCACCAUACAGCCCGAGUUCGUCGAGCUGGAGGCACUCAACAGUUUUUCUGGUUCGGACGGAUUUUCGAACAGUUUAAAUGGCAGUGCGACGCAGGACUGCUGUGCUCUGGACUGUCCUACCACGGACGAAGCUAGUUGUAUCAAAGCUACAUGCUGCCAAAACAACAAUAAUAUUAAGAAUCAACCAUCGUCGCCGACACCGUCACCAUUCUUAUGUCGCCAAAGAAAUUCUAGAAGUGGGAACGAUGUCGAAUCUGGAUCUCUACUUGACCAAAACAAUCAAACGGCAGCGAACGAGGGAGUUGUGUUGCCAAAAAUUAAUGUCUGACAGACAAGUGCUGUAAGCGCUAGUUAUAAGAAACCUCGUACAACCUCGUGCAUCACAACAUCUAGCAUGGAAUCACUUCGGCAACCAGUCAUUGCCGCAGCAUUCACUCAACAACGGAAAUCGGAACAGCACUCGAUCGGUGGUUAUGUGGAAUCGUUUGAGGACGACGCUACAAAGGGCUACUGUAUCGAUAGACACCGACAGGCACCUGCGGCAUACAAUCUUAAUUCUAGCCGCCUGUACCGUGUUCGUCGCAGCGGAGAAACCGUGAGGUCUGCUUCUCAUCAUGCUAUCGGUGGUGACGAAGGUACAAACGAAUUACAUCCAGCCGAUGGAGAAGACGGAGGAGGAGUGUCCAGUAUCACCCGUCAGUAUACGCUACCGAUGGCUUCUUGUAGUCUACUGGAAAGCUACGUCACUGGAACCGGUUCUCCGUUACGGAAUUUGUACUGCCAGUGCAAACACCAUAGCGUGAGGCAGUGAGCACGAUAAGGAGGGAGACAUUUGUUGCUGGGGCUCAUAAGUUUUGGUUUAGCAGUGCCUAGCGGCCAUGAUAGCAAAAUCAAAAAGUGGAAAAUUGUCGAGAAGCGCGCAAAGUGCGAUGCUUUCUUGUGCGUUGUGGCAGAUGUAGUUAUAAGCCUGUUUUAUAAUCUUGGGCGUCUAAUCCAUUUGAUCGUGCGAACCGUUUUCGCAAUUUCGG